GCGCUAGAUCAGCCAGCAGAGGUAGAAGAAGAGCAAAACACACGCAAGUGCACUAUAUGUUGUCAUAUUUAAUCCAGUGUACAUUUUCCACUUGAGGAAAGUCGUUAUAUCACUAGAAGGCUCAAGUUCGGACUCCAUGAUCGUUCGGCGCUUCAGUUAAGAGAGAACCAGUCGACGUUUCUCGUCUAUCAUCAUUAGCAUGACCUCUAGAAACACAUAUGACUGAUAUGAGCAGAAUUAAUGUAGAUUAGUGUAGAUAUGAAGCUCAAAGAGCUAGAAAGCUGCCUUCAACAGGUGGAUGGAUUUGAGGAGCCCAAAAUACUCCUGGAGCAGUACCCCACCAGUCCGCAUAUAGCGGGCUGUAUGCUGUACACCAUCCACAACACAUUUGAUGACAUACAGAAUAAACUGGUAGCAGACUUGGGCUGUGGAUGCGGGGUGCUAUCGAUAGGAGCCUCGGUGCUCGAUGCUGGGCUGUGUGUCGGAUUUGACAUCGACGAAGACGCCUUGGACGUAUUCAAAGGAAACGUCGAGGAUUUUGAGCUGUCAAACGUUGAUAUGGUCCAGUGUGAUGUUUGCUCUAUUGGAUCCUCUUACGCCAAGAAGUUUGACACGGUCAUCAUGAACCCGCCGUUUGGCACGAAGCACAACCAAGGGAUUGACAUGCAGUUCCUCCGAACGGCCAUUUCCAUGGCAAGUACAGCUGUGUAUUCCCUUCACAAGACCUCAACGCGGGAUCACAUUCAGAAGAAAGCAAAUGACUGGAAGGUGAAAAUGGAAGUCAUUGCAGAGCUCAGAUAUGACCUGCCAGCGUCUUAUAAAUUCCAUAAAAAGAAGUCGGUUGAUAUUCAAGUGGACUUCAUAAGAUUUACUCCGACAUGAACGUCAAAAAGGAAUUUGUGAUUACAAAUGUGGUUGCAGUUUUUUUAUAUAUGUAUAUGUAAAAAUACAAUGUUCAAAAUAAAUUUUAUAAAUGAC